UUAAUUGCUCUUUGUAUCUUGAACGGACGCGGAUAUAUGAGCCAUCACCGCCGCGCGGCCAGUGUCAAUGUAUCCACGUCGCCAACCUCCGAUAUCGACGACAUCAACUGGUUCGACGAUGCCGAGGCGGUCAUCGAUUACCUGGGCGACAACAGCCCCGCGAUCCCAAAGAAAUUAAGCGAGACAUUGCCCGCCAAGGCCACCACCUUGUCGCGGGCGUCGAGCUUGACGUGUGAGAAGGAGCGCAGCGUGUUUGAACACGUGCAGUGCGUCGCCGUGUCCCUCGCCGAGGCGCCAGUUGGUAGCAAGGACCAGCUCGGCUGUCGCAAGGACCUUCUUGAGAGUCCGGUCGUCGACAAGCCCACGGAAAACCAUCUUCACGCCAACUUGGAGUUGGCGAUUUUGACGAUUGCGUCAUUGCAGAGCCAGCUCGGAGUAGCCACGAGCACGAACGAGCGCUUGCGGCAGGACCUCGAUCGGCUCAUGACGAGCGAGUCGACGGCUAUGAAAGCUGCUGACGCUGCCGUGCGCACCGUGGAUGUGCUCCGCGAGCAGCUGCGCGUAUCGAGCCACGAACAGCUCGCAAAAGUUGCGGCCCCGGUCGUCGACCCCGUUGAGGCCAAGCGUCUCGCCGAGCUCGCCGCCACCAAAGAAGCACUGACAAAGGCGCUGUGGGACCGAGAUGCAGCGCUCGCCAAAGACAAGGCCACGGCCGCGAUGCUCAAGCAGGUGGAAACCAGUCUGUUUCAAGCCAGCGUGGACGUGGCGGCCAAGACGACCGAGGUCACGCAGCUCCGCGCCGCCCACGACGCAUUAGAGGCGGAGCUGGCCAACGCCAAGGCAGUUGGCGCCGAUUCUCAGGCCAAGCUCGAGCGCGCAAUGGAGCGCAUCGACGUCCUAUCGACGACCGCCGCCUCCGUAUCGGAGGAGAACACGGACCUGCACGCUCGCGUAAUGACGUGGCAAGCUGACGCGGACGCCAAGUCCGCCCAGAUUCAGUCGUGGCAGCGCCUGGUGCCCCGAUUGCAUACGGAGCUGGCCGAGCUGCGGAGCGAGUGGGUCCAAUCCAAGCGCGUGAUCAAGCAAGAGAUCAAGAAGACGCAGUCGUCGCUCCUCAAGUGGAGCCAGGACGGGACGGACGUGGCCAUCCAGCACAACGAGCGCGAAGUCGCGCUGGAAGCCAAGCAUGCCAAGAUUGCGCAGUGGCAGUACCAGGUCAAGGUCGAGAAGCUCCGGUGCGCAAGCAUCGAGCAGCAGCUCUGGAAAGCCAAUGCCACGUACGACCGCGACUCGGCCCGGUGGCGCGACGAGUACGACCGUCUCCGCGACCACGUCAACGUUCUCCUCGAAGUCAAAGCGAGCUUGGCGACCGAAGUCCGUACGUCGUUGGAGCGGAUCCAGGCGCUCGAGGCGACGCUGGCGCACCAGCACUUGGCCUUCUCGCGCUUGAAGAAGAAGCAGUCGGCGCUACAGCAGCAUGUAGAGAUCCUACAGCAUACCCAUGCGCGGGAGCUGGAACGGGUGUUGCUCCCCAAGACAAUCAAGUCGACGACGACGGCGCUUGACGCGGAGAACCAGGGCGAACUAAUACCUCCAGCGUGGCUCGAUUUCGUACGCCUCGUGCACGUCCACCGAGAGACUACGACACGCUUGGCAUAA